AUGGCCACCUAUACCGAACCAGCGCCCCCCAGGUAUACCGAUGAAGAUGUAGAGUUGCUUUUUAGAUCACCCCCACCUCCUGCAACCCAUGCGAAGUCUGUACCGCUACCAGUGCCAGUUGUGCUUCCCCAAGAUGGGACAUCCUGGGAUUCUCCUUUUGCCAGAGGCUACCAUCCCGAUAUGCGUGACUCUGGGAUUGAGAUGGAUGACUGGUUGAAGUUUAUAGAUGGACUCAACAUCGCAAUUGGUGCUAGCCCUCCCCUACGAGUUAUAGAUUUGGCUGGCCUCGUAAUUGGUUUUGUUCCAAAUACGUGGACGCUUAUCGCAGGCAUUGUGUUACAAACAACUGCUCAAACAGCCGCGCACAUCCUUUCCAAGACACUUACCGAUCGGUACCUCCUCAAGGCGAAUCGGACAUAUUUCGAGCCUCGUGGUCUCCGAGUUCGUUUGAUGAAGACAGAAGCUAUGCAUCAUUUUAUCGGAAUCGGUCGGGGAAAGGAGGAGACGAGCAAGCUCAAGAACUUUUUCAAGGGCGCUGGACGAACCGCCGAGAAGGCCGUGUUCAAGAUACCUCUUCCCAUCAUUGGGCCAAUUGUCGGACGAACCAUCAUUCAUUUUUCAGAUCGCCAAGCUCCAAAGGUCGACCCUAAUGACCCCAGGGACGCGACCCAUCGCCGAAUUGCUGCGCUAUAUCCGCACGUCUUUCCUGUCUCAACUGAUGUCCCCCCUCCCCUUCCACCCUCGUCCCUUUUGGAUAAGGCGUCUGCAUUGCAAAUCAAACUCCGUAACAGCAAGCAGAUGAGGACCGAAGCCAAGGGCAUGAGGGCAAGAAGGCUCUUGGCAGCCGCUAAUGGCGAGGCGACGGCGGACUACCAAACACGGAGGGAAAGAAGGCUGGCGAGGAGGGCCGCGAGCGGGCGGAGACGGGCGAGGAGGCGCCUAGAGUAUCGAGCUGCUAAAGCAGAUAGAUUAGAAAUGCUCGGAACAGAGGGGUCACUCUGGAUUGUGCUGCUUACACUUGAGCAAGACAAUGAAAUCCAAGGGCGCGAACUCGUUGAUACCGACAAGGAUGAGCAGAUCGAUAUCGAUGAAUGGGAGGAUGAGCUCGAAUACGAAGAUGAGGAAGAGAGAGCUCGACUGGCUAUGGAUCACCCUAGCAUCGAAAAUCCCUACGGUCCGCGUUAA